CAGACAACUCAGCUGAGUUUAGACGUUAGCCGAGGACACGAUGAACACGCUGCUGACCUUCUCAGUCCCCUUGUUAUUCAGCUCGUUGGUGUGGAGUGGAUAUCUGGAAUAUGACCAAGAUGUCUUAAUACCAGGCGACUGGACUCAUGUGGGUCGUGUGGACCCUUCAGAGGAGCUGGAGCUGACCUUUGCCCUGAACAAUAAAUCCUCAAGAGUUUAUUUAAAUAUAAUACUACAAACAGAGUGAAGGAGGCCUUUUUUUGUCCCCACAGGUAAACACCUCAGCCUGGAGGAAGUCUCCUCCCUCGUGCGCCCGUCUGAACUGACCCAGAAGGUGGUGCAUCGCUGGCUGCAGAGCCAUGGGAUUACAAACUGCCUGACUGUACACUCUCAGGACUUUUUACAGUGCACCAUGACUGCAGAGGUUGCAGAGACGCUGCUUCCAGGUAGCAGGUUCCGUCGUUACAGCAGAGACGGGCAGUCUGUGGUGAGGUCUUCAGCCCCGUACUCUGUGCAUGAUGAUGUUCACCAGCACCUGGACUUUGUUGGAGGGCUUCACCGCCUCCCUCCUAAAGGGCAGGACCUCAGCAAAGCCUCUUCAAACAGGAAGCGGAAGCAGUCGAAGGCCGGGUACCACCUGGGAGUGACUCCCGCUGUCUUGAGGGCUCGUUAUAACCUCACAGCAGCUGAUGUGGGAUCGGCUCAGAACAACAGCCAGGCUGUAGCUCAGUUUUUGGAGCAGUACUACAGCCCCGCAGACCUGUCGGAGUUCAUGGGCAUGUACGGCAAGGGCUUCAAGCAUCUGUCUCAGGUGGACCGGGUCGUCGGCACUCAGGGAGCAGGAAAGGCUGGACUAGAGGCCAGUCUGGAUAUAGAGUACAUCAUGAGCACCGGGGCAAACAUCUCCACAUGGUUCUUCACCAAUCCAGGUCGUCAUGAGUCCCAGGAGCCGUUCCUCCAGUGGAUGGUUUUGCUCAGCAACAUGUCUGAGCUGCCCUGGGUUCACACCAUCAGCUACGGAGACGAUGAAGACAGCCUGUCUACUGCGUACAUGAUGCGCAUCAACACAGAGUUUAUGAAGGCUGGCGUCAGGGGAAUCUCUUUGCUCUUUGCUUCUGGUGACAGCGGUGCAGGCUGCAGACAUUUGGGUAAAGAACAAAACUCCUUCAGGCCAAGUUUUCCUGCAUCAAGCCCGUAUGUGACUACAGUCGGGGGAACCUCAUUCAAGAACCCAUAUAAGGUCACAUAUGAAGUCACAGAUUACAUCAGUGGAGGAGGCUUCAGUAACGUCUUCAAGAUGCCAGACUACCAGGCCAGUGCAGUGGAGGCGUAUAUGAAAACUGUCGGAGUAAAACUCCCUCCUCAGUCAUAUUACAAUGCCAGUGGCAGGGCCUAUCCAGACAUGGCUGCCCUGUCAGAUAACUACUGGGUGAUCAUCAACAGACUGCCUGUCCCCUGGGUAUCUGGGACCUCGGCUUCGACCCCUGUAGUCGGAGGUAUGCUUUCUCUCAUCAAUGACCAGCGGUUCCUAAAGGGCCUGCCUUCCCUGGGCUUCCUGAACCCUCGCCUCUAUAAGCUCAAAGGAAAAGCUCUUUUUGAUGUGACUGAAGGCUGUCACCAAAGUUGUCUGGACGAACAGGUUCAGGGUAACGGUUUCUGUGCUGCAACCUCAUGGGACCCUGUUACUGGCUGGGGGACACCAAACUAUCCUGAACUGCUGGCUGCAUUGCUAGCUGAGUGAAGCACCACAGUUCAUGGGUGAAACCACCGUCUACUCUGAGAGCAGGUACUACACACACAUCCAAAGGCAGGGCGGUGAAAUCAAGGGAAAAUAAUGCCUACACUUUAAAAUUGUAGUCCUCUUUGAUUCAUUCAAUUUAUUCGAGGUCGAGACACGGCAUGUUUCCUCUGUUCAGGAAUGUUUUUAUCUGUCAUCAUCACCUAUUCAUUUAAGGUAAAUCUUGACUACUUUAGUUAUUUUCUCCAAAAGGCUUAAAACUGUUUCCUCAUAUUUUAAGGUCAGGGAUGGUGGUCUAGGAUUUUUAAUGCUACACUACAGUUUCUUGCUCCUGCUGUUCACUGCAUUUUAAAUGACCCAGGUUUCUUUGCAAAUCUCUCAGACACUUACAGGCAGAUUCGCAUUAACAGUCAUGCCUUAAAUUUAUGCCGCUAGAUACACAGCAAUGUAAGAGUGGGUAAACUGACUGCUAUGCAUUAAGAACAAAAUACACCCACCAGUCUAUCUUUUAGAUAAACACACAGGCAUAUUUGAUUUUUUUUUUAUAUCAAGACAAUAUUAUAUGUUAGAUGUGAAUCAAGAAUCUAUAUACCGGAUGCAAUACUUUCACCAAAUCAGGAAAUUUAUCAUAACAUUUGAUACAGGUUUAGUUUUAGUGAGACUCAGAUGGCCAAAGUGUGUGAAAGUGUUUGUCUUCAUGGCCAUACUACUCUGCAGGGAUGAUUUAGUUACGUGCCAUUAUUUCAUUUAAUAACUGAAUACAUUUGUAUCCAUUAUUAAAAAUGUUACUUAUGUAUUUGAAGUAAAAUAAGAACAUACAGCUGGUGGAUUAAGAUUAACAGAACCUUUUAAAACUUGAUUUUAAUUUUGUUUAUUAGCCUUCCUCUGUGGCUACAAACCACCUAAAUGCACUGUGUUGUGUUGGUGCAAAGUGAUUCAGCAGUUUUGCCCACCAGCAUUCUUGCACUUGUUUUUGUCUUUCAACCAUGUAAAUCCCAAAUCAGAUGCAUUUGAUAUGAGAGACUGUUUGUGCUGUGUAUAUUUGAGUUAACUGAAGAUGGCUUUUUAUUUGUAAGUAUUAGUUGAUUGUUGAAGUGUGAAAUCUGAUUUGGAUACUGAAGUUUUAAGAAAUGUACCACAUGCUUGUGCAAAAAAAUAUGAUGGAAAUGAAUUGCAGAAUUGAGUCUGAUCACUGAAGGGUUUAUAUUUUUUUAACGCAAAACUGCCAAAUGUUUCCGAGUUCCAGUUUCCAAUAUUUAAAAUAACUUACAAGUUGCAGCCCUAAAAGGAUAUUGGUGUAACAUCUCAAGACAAGGUUGUAACAAUUGGUGUAAGCAAAUCAGAAUCAGUCAGUUUCCAAUGCAAAUUUGGACAUUUUCCCCGAUCUCUCUUCUGUCAGGCAGUUGAGUGUGUUUGAAUCAUUGUUACACAUUUACCUCUUCCCCCGCCAGAGUAUUUUUAUUAAGUUGCCAGCCAGCGCCAGCAUUUUUGGUCAUAAUUGCUAUUUUUUUAAGACCUCCAGAAUAUUUUGUGUUUUGAUUAUAUAAAGAGCUUGACGGCUGCUUACAGCAGUGUUCAGCGGUUACUGUAAGCAGCAAGCAUGGGAAUAAAUGACAUUAUAUUUCCUCUUUGUUCCCUGCUGAUUUAAUAAGUCAUUAAAUGUGCCUCUUGUUGUGUUUUUUAAAAUAAUGUCGCUGAGAGGGUCCAAAAAGCCACUUAAUAGCGAUGAAGUCAGCACAUUAGUAGUCCUCUUCUCCCGUCACCCUGGGACUUUAGUUCGUCAUGUUUGUGUGUUUUUGGACGUGGAAAUGUUGUUUUAUUGCACAACAUACAUAACUGUGUCCCCUACACUGUAACAGUGAAAACACAGAUUGACAGAAAUCACGUCAAUGGCGGGGAAAGAGUUAAUGAGCUGUAAGAUGCCACGUUCAAACUGCUUAGUUGAAGUUUUAAGAUGUGAUACAAUUGUCAAUCAUGUGAAAAGAAUAAUAAAACAGACAAAAGAACCAGAA